GAUAAUAAAAUAUUUAUUGAAAUUAAUGAAAAUAUAAUAGAUUUAAAUUAUUGGUUUGAUUUAGUAUCAGAUGAUGCAAGCGGUGCAACCUCAUCCUUUUUAGGCACAACAAGAAACGAAUUUAAAGGUAAAGGUGUUUUCAAGUUAGAAUAUGAAACCUAUAAACCAAUGGCAUUAAAAGAGAUUGAAAAAAUAUGUAAAAAGAUUUUAGAAGGUUUCGAAAACGAUAUUAAAAAAAUAGGGGUAAUCCAUAGAAUUGGUGAAGUGCCUGUUGGUGAAGCCUCAAUACUUAUUGUAAUUUCAAGUGGUCAUAGAAAAUCAUCUUUGGAAGCUGUACAUUAUGCAAUUGAUACCAUCAAAUCGACAGUACCAGUUUGGAAAAAGGAAUACUAUACAGACGGCUCUCAAUGCGAAUGGAAAGGUAAUUGCGAAUCGUGCCAUUACCAUGACCAU